AUGACCGCCGAUGAUUUGAGUGCGCCGGGCAAGAGAAAGAGAGCCGAAAUUGGGGCAGAGAAAAGAAAUGUACACAAAGCUGUAACUUGCUUGAUUGAGAGAAAAUCAAUCCCAAACUUGCGUGAAGCAGAUAAAAAGGCUGUCACAUUAGCUUUCGUGCGGAGAAAAAGUUCGGAUCGGUUCUCCGAUGUGCUCCAAAAGGGCGGGUGGAGCUCCGAGGAGGUGUCGGAGGCCCUAGGGCUCAAUUCUCGGCGGGAGAAGGCGAAGAAACCCUUGAUAAAGCCGUUGCCGGAGCUGGCUGAGUCGGUGGACUGGUAG